AUGGUUCCUUCCCGCUUCAGCUUUAUCUUCGUCUUGGGCCUCCAGCUCAGCGCAGCCUGGGCAAGCAAGGCCCUGGAGCUCCUCACCGAGGAGGAGAACGAGUUGACCCAGAGGAGACUCGAUUUUGCGGCAUGGUGUGAGAAGGAGGUGGCCACGCAGGAGAAGCAGAGGCAAGAGCUCAUAAGGCUGCAGGGCAGCUUCGAUGCAGAGGAUUCAGAAGAUGAGUCGUUCGAUGUGCCGUCCUUGCUCAGCACAGCGAAACAGCUGCAGCUAAUGCAGCAAGGGAAGGUCGUGGAGUCUCCAUCCCAUAGCAAUCUCGACGUGGCCGUGCAGUGCCUCGCAGAGCUUGAGUCCGAGCUCGUAGCUCGAUCGUCGAGCUGGGCUUUUGGCGAGAAGCAGAGCCUGCAGGCCGUCCGGAAAGUGCUCGGCGAUGCACGGGAGCAGAAAGCAAUGUCUUCGAGCCAGCAGCCGAAUCUCACGAGUGCGCUGCCUCCAGCGCAGCUGGAAAUGCUCAAGGCGAGACAGCUUCAGGCAGCAGAGACCCAGGCACUUCACCGCGCCAAGAGCCUCGCAGCGCGAAGUGGACGCCAGGUGUUGGAUGCGGCAGUGGCGCAAACGAAUGCAGCUCUCUCCGAUGCUGCCGGCAUUUGUGGCCUUGGUCGCACGGUGAUGAACCGUACAGAAAGUGCAGGGAAAAAGCUGGUGAAGCAGGCCCUCGAGCUGAUCGGCAAAGCCGAGGGCGCAGCAGAAGCAUUGGCCAGCUCUCAAGCAACGGUUCAGCCGGCUAGCGCCACGGUGACACCCCACAGAACGAAGACUAGUUCCUCAGAUGAGAGCCAUGGGCAAGUGACAUCAUCACAACUCGCUCACCUACUGGAGGUCUCCCAGGAGUUGCAGCAACAGCAACAGCAAAUGCAGCAAGAGAUGGCCGAGCUGAGGCAGCUGCAGGCGGAAGCUUCGCACCACCUCGUCACAGAUGUGCCCACGCCCGCAGCAUCUGCAAGUGAUGUUAAGACCAAGCCUCAAGAGCCGGUGCUCCCAGUACCAGAGGCGAAGAGCUCACCAGGCACAGCACAAGCUCCGGCCCAGCUUCCCAAGACCUCCAUAUCACUUGCAGCGGAGGCUCAGGACAGCAAGCUGGAAGCAAGCGAGUCUGAGGAGAAAGCUCCCGAGCUUCCUGCCCCUGCGGCCCCUGCGCGCGGCAGAGCCAGGACAAAGCAUCAUGCUUUGGAGCCACCACAUCAUGAAGUCCAUGAGGCGCAGGCCGGUGAAGAUGAGGAUCUUCCCAAGAUGCAAGCACCCAAGGACUUCCCUGCCGCUUUGCGGGGCGGCUGGCAGGGCUUGCUGGCUAAGAAGCGUGCGGAAAGCAAGAAGAAGCCUUCGAAGCCUGACGACGCCCUGGGUAUCAUGGAGCUGAUGCAAACGCCGAAGACAUACACUGCUUGGCAACCAGAUCAAGGCGUGGCCUCAACUGCUGCGAAGGCCAAGGACGACCUGUUAGCAGCAGAGAGGGCGCUCGAUGAUGAUGACGAAGGCGAAAAGCAGAUCCCCGCCAAGAGGGAUGUCCGAUCCUUCCACCCGGAUCGCGCCUCCAUGACCGACCCUUUGGCCUUCUUUCAGUUCGGUUCAGCAAUCAGGCGCCCGGCUCUAUCGGCACCAAAGCUUGAAGACAACCUGGUGGCGAUGCUGCUUCGAAAGUUCGCCAUGGCAACCAACAGCACGUUGCUCAUGGAGCUUUCCCAAGAAGAGCUAAGCAAAGAGAGCCUACAAUCUCUGCUGCGCAAGUUGGAGACAGGGUCCCCAGAUGCGGUUGAUGCCCAAGAUUCAGAGCUCAGAAAAAUGUGCGAGGCAUACGAGCAAGAGUCUUCCAAGAGCAUUGAAGAGGAACUCUCCAAUGAGGUUCACAAUCACUACACGGCAGCCAAG